AUGUGGGAUUCGGUAGAUGACGCCAACAAGAGACGCGAGAUCCGUUAUGGCAACAACAUCUAUGUCCUCUUCCGCGCCCUGCUACACUGCAAGGAAUUCUACAACCAGGAGAGCUUAUGGUCUGCCAUUGCACGAGGGUUUAACACCAACGCAAUCAUCGCCAGAAAUACAGCUGAAAUCCUCACCGAGGCCCGCAGGGCUCAGCGCGCCCGGCCCGCAAAGGACGUAUGGAAACCGUCUCCUACUGUACUGUCCGACCCAGCGGUCCACAAGCUCGCUGAUGCCUUCUUCAAGACGCAAGAGAAGAAGCUUGUCAACGCCGCGCGAGUGCCCCCUAGUCCGUUUCUACGCCAACCAGCCUAUGUCAGUACAACUCAUCUAGCUCUGAAAGAUCCGGGAGAGCCCACAAGUCCGUCUUCCCGUCUGCCGCAAUCUCCGUCCAUCAAGGUUGAGAAUCAGAGGGAGCGCGGCGACAGGAGCCGGCCGGUGCGGAAGCGUUCCGCUUCUCCUCCGCCGGCUGACCGUAACGCAAAGUCCAUGCGGUUUGAUCAUGAUGUCCGCGCGCAGCCUCGAGUGGGAUCAGAAAAGGGAAGCGACCGCAUCGAACCGCAUAGGAUCCAACCGACAAGGAGCCCCCCGCGCCCAAGCGACUCACGUCCGGCACAACCGGGAAAGCUGUCAGUCCAGCACUUGUCCCCACCAAGUGCUUCGAGAGGGAAGGUAGGAGCUCCCAGUGCUUCAAGUCAGCCCUCCAUGGAUGAACGCUUUUCGUUGAAAGCCCGUAUCGCAGGCUUGGAGAAAGAGCUCUCAGAGAUCAAGAGUAAGCCGAGCGCGACCCUGCCCACGGCCGCUCCAGCUGCCGCUCCCCAAACCCACCUGGACGAAGAUGUAGUAGAAGGCCUAAAGAAGGACGUGGCUACCGUUACCAACGCCGUUGGCACCAUGAUGGAGUCCCUGCACGACAUCGUCGACAGCCUGAAUUCACUGCAAGACGAAGUCUCGGGGCUCGCAACGCAGCAGAACGAGCUCACGACAACAGUCUCCCAAGGACAAAGUGUCAAAUUGAACAUCGAGGACCUCCUCCGCCCGAUCCAGACACUGUCUGACACCGUUAAUGUACUCCGCGGCGAGAUAUCGGACCUCAAAGAGCAAACCACCGCCGCUACGACCAUCGCACCAUCCCCCGCCGCCUCCGUUAACCACCUGCAGACAACCACCAACCUGGAAAGGCUCUUUCACGAGCAAAACGCUCGCAUUGACACUCUCACUCGGCAAGUGGCCGGCAUGCAAGCGCAAAUGGCAUCAAUGCCGCGACAGCAGCAGGCGACCGGGCAGCCCCAGACGCUGAGGCAGGCGAUGGCAGCCGCCGAGCAGGACCUCAGGCACCAUCUGAAUGCAGUCCAGCGAUUCUAUCACUCGUUAGACGGGACUCGUGGGGGCGCGAGCCGGGCGAUAACGGAGCGGACGGCGGACUUUCUGGCUUUGCUCACUGACGGACUCGAGGUUGCGAAGGCAUGGGAGAGUUGA